CAGCGAUGUUGCGAAAUUUUUCCGAUGAUUGUCUUUCAUUAAGGAUGCUUAUCUAUUAAAAGAAAUAUGGCGUGGCUGGACACUGUGAUUAUAAGCAGUGAUUAUGAGGUUAUAAGUGUUUAAAAAGAAGGAUAGAGUUGUGUGCACGAGACAGGUGGCUGUUAGGGCUUGUUAGUUUAUCAUGAUAGUUGAUGAAACGAGGCGAUUUUUUUCGUCAUAAACUUUCUUUGUGGUAUAGUCGAUAUAUCUGGGAAAUAAUAAUUAUAUCUAGUGAACAGUUUUAAUUCCACUUUAAUGCGUUUGUCACAAUCAGUUGAAGUUUAGGGGUAGCUGUGAGUGUAACCUUCCGCGCUGAGUAAGAAGUGCUGAGGCUAGGGCCGCCGCCAUUUUGAAUGUCUGGUCCCUUCCUUCCUCCGUCGCGCAUAGAGAGAAGAUUCCGGCUGUUUUCUGGUGUCGUUACGGCUGAGGAUGCCAGCUCCGAUCAGACUGCGGGAGCUGAUCCGGACUAUCCGGACGGCUCGGACCCAGGCCGAGGAGCGAGAGAUGAUCCAGAAAGAAUGCGCAGCGAUCCGAUCGUCCUUCAGAGAAGAAGACAACACUUACCGCUGUAGGAAUGUGGCCAAGCUGCUGUACAUGCACAUGUUGGGUUAUCCGGCACAUUUCGGGCAGCUGGAAUGUCUGAAGCUGAUCGCAUCACAGAAGUUCACUGACAAGAGAAUAGGGUACUUGGGGGCCAUGUUGCUGUUGGACGAGAGGCAGGACGUCCAUUUACUAAUGACAAACUGCAUUAAGAACGAUCUAAAUCACAGUACGCAGUACGUCCAGGGACUGGCCUUGUGCACCCUCGGGUGUAUGGGUUCAUCGGAAAUGUGUCGUGACCUGGCUGGGGAAGUGGAGAAGCUCCUCAAAACGUCAAAUUCCUACUUGAGGAAAAAGGCAGCGCUGUGUGCGGUUCACGUCAUUCGGAAGGUUCCAGAGUUGAUGGAGAUGUUUCUGCCGGCGACAAAAAACCUGCUGAGCGAGAAGAAUCACGGAGUUCUGCACACGUCUGUCGUUUUACUCACUGAAAUGUGUGAACGAAGUCCCGACAUGCUCACUCACUUCAGAAAGCUGGUUCCUCAGCUGGUGCGAAUCCUGAAGAACCUGAUCAUGUCUGGAUACUCUCCUGAGCACGAUGUGUCUGGCAUCAGCGAUCCCUUCCUGCAGGUGCGGAUAUUGAGGCUACUGAGAAUUCUGGGAAAGGGCGACGAUGACUCUAGUGAAGCUAUGAAUGACAUUCUUGCACAGGUUGCGACAAACACAGAGACGAGUAAAAAUGUAGGCAAUGCAAUCUUGUAUGAAACUGUUCUGACUAUUAUGGACAUCAAAUCAGAGAGUGGAUUAAGGGUAUUAGCUAUUAAUAUCCUGGGACGUUUUCUUCUCAACAAUGACAAAAACAUCAGAUAUGUGGCACUGACAUCUUUACUGAAAACAGUGCAGACAGACCACAACGCAGUUCAGCGGCAUCGGAGUACCAUUGUGGACUGUCUGAAAGACCUGGACGUCUCCAUCAAAAGACGUGCGAUGGAGCUGAGUUUCGCCCUCGUCAAUGGAAAUAACAUCCGUGGGAUGAUGAAGGAGCUGCUGUACUUCCUGGACUCGUGCGACCCGGAGUUCAAAGCCGACUGCGCGUCGGGGGUCUUCCUGGCUGCUGAGAAGUAUGCACCCUCCAAAAGAUGGCACAUAGACACCAUUAUGAGGGUGUUAACUACGGCGGGGAGUUACGUCCGAGACGAUUCUGUCCCGAACCUCAUUCAGCUCAUCACCAACAGUGUGGAGAUGCAUGCUUACACCGUGCAGAGACUCUACAAAGCCCUGCUGGACGACAUCUCCCAGCAACCUCUGGUGCAGGUGGCGUCCUGGUGCAUAGGAGAGUACGGAGACCUGCUGGUGUCGGGCCAGUGUGAGGAGGAGGAGCCCAUUCAAGUUACAGAGGAUGAGGUCUUGGAUGUUUUGGAAGGUCUUCUGGUCUCCAACUUGUCCACCCCUGUGACCCGAGGUUACUCGCUGACUGCCAUCAUGAAGCUGUCCACUCGUUUCAGUGGUGUGAAUCGAAUAAAGAAAGUGGUGUCCAUAUACGGCAGCAGCAUAGACGUGGAGUUACAGCAGAGAGCUGUGGAGUACAAUGCACUUUUCAAGAAAUACGAUCACAUGAGGCCGGCCUUAUUAGAGCGAAUGCCCAUUAUGGAGAAAACGGCCACUAACGGCCCGACAGAGAUCGUACAGACCAACGGAGAGACGGAACCUUCUGCACUGGACACGAAACACCCGCCCAGCGUCGCUCAGACAAAUCAGGCGAAUGAUUUGUUAGACUUGCUCGGAGGUAACGACGUCCCGGUGAUCCAAACGACUCUGCCCACUAAACCUGCCUCAGCCGGCGGAGAGCUGCUCGACCUCCUUGGGGAUCUCUCUCUCUCUGGAGGUCCGACCCCUGCCCCUGCUCCGUCUGUGCCCAUAUCCCAGCCGCCGUUCCUCCUGGACGGUCUCUCCUCACAGCCGCUCUUCAACGACACCGCAGCAGCUAUUCCUCCGAUGACCGCGUACAACAAGAACGGAUUGAAAAUCGAGUUCACCUUUGAGAGGUCCAACCCGAACCCUAACAUUUCAGUCAUCACCAUCCACGCCUCCAACUCUACCGACACAGACAUGGCCGACUUUGUGUUCCAGGCUGCAGUACCAAAGACAUUCCAGCUGCAGCUCCUCUCCCCCAGCAGUAAUAUUAUCCCAGCACUCAACCAGGGAAGCGUCACACAAGUCAUCAGGGUUCUUAACCCACAGAAGCAACAGCUGCGAAUGCGCAUCAAGCUGACGUACAACUACAAAGGCUCUCCUGUUCAAGACAUGGCCGAGGUCAACAACUUUCCCCCUCAGUCCUGGCAGUGAAUGUGCCGUUCACUCGAUCUGUAACACCCACCGCGCGCACACACACACACACACACACACACACACCCCAAUCAAGGGAACUGUGAGCAGUGGAGCGCCCUUACUCAUCCCUGACUGGCCCCCUGUGACAUACCUGCACAUCGCUGCCCUGGGGUUGCAUGGGAAACAGAGGAAUCUUCCCAACACACACACACACACACACACACACACACACACACACACACACACACACAUGCGAGAUGGUAUGAAAACCAUGACUAUGAUGACAAUGAUAAACCCUUUCCCUUUUUUUUUUUUUGUUUUUGUUUUGUUUUGUUUUGUUUGUCUUUUCUGUCUUUCUGCUUCAGAAUUAGCACAUCACUUCUAUUACCGGCUCGCACACAGGUACUCGGUUUAGUGCGCACACACACACACACACACGCACACGCACACGCACACACACCCUAAGCUGGCCCUGACCCACUUUCUGUCUGUACAUGGAACAUACCACUCGAUGGUCACUCUGGAGAGGAGCUCAAUUGGAAUGAGUGUUUGAUUUGUCUUGAUUUUCUUGUUUUUAAUCUUAAUAGGCUUAAUUUUUAAAAAAUGAAAGAUUAACAAAAAAAAGGUUAAGGGUAAAUCUGAGCUUUAAGCACCUUUUUUUUUUUUUUUUUUUUUUUUUUUUUUUUGAUUCGUGCUGACAUUUCAGAGUCGGUUUAUAUAACGGAGGCAUUUCAUAAAGAACGCUAAAGCCGGCGAGAUCAACAUUUGAGUCGUCAGCUUUACUUUUAAUUAACACGUGAUCCGAUCUGCAGUCUCUGGUGAAAUUCUAGUGCAUGCUUAACAAAGAAGUUUUCCGUAAACGCUUCACUAUUCACUAUACUGUAGUCUUCAUUACACGUUGCACACCUUUGUUUAAACUGUACUAUAUUUUAAUAAUUAAAGCGAUAGGUUGGAGUCUGCGAUGGUAGAAAUCAGAGUGGAAAUCAUUAUUUGCCCUGCGUUCACGCUAACCCGCGACGAAGCGACGGGCGAUCGAUCAUUUUCCACGAACGUGUGCAUGACAUGGAGCCACGAUUUCAUGAACAAGCGACUUUUCAUAGUUCUAUGCAAAUUAGGAAUGACUCAUUUGCUAAAGUGACAAAUCCAAACGAUUGGCUCGAAUCGUUCCUCGGACCGUUCCAAUGACGCAUGUGGUCCGACGUUUCUUCAGUUCACGACUUUACUGUUUGACGUGCAAAAGUUAAAAAAAAUAAAUAAAUAAACUUAAGCGCAUUUUCAUCAUAUCCUGUCAUAUUCGACCUCUCAUUAAAUGUGUAGAGAGACAUUACAGGGGAAAAUGAAGCUUGGAAGGAAGUAGCAGAGAUCUCUGGAGCCUCUGGGGAGUGUACGUAGCUAAUACAGUUAGCUAGCUUUGCUACUCUAAUCUGACAGCGUAACUAGUACGAAGCUGAGCAUGUAAUUUAAAAAAUAAGUAAAUAAACACAUUUUUUAACCCUGAUUUUCAUUUUCGUUGAUCUAGUUAGCUUUAGGUGGUUUCUAUAGCUUCUACCAUUUCUCAUCGGCACUUAAAAAAAAACAAACAAAAAAAAACUUAGAACAGGCCACGCCCACAAGCGAAAAAUCCGAGCGACUUUUCGCCUGUUAGAGUGAACGUAGGUUUGUAUAGAUGAUCAGUUCUUUCACGGCAUUCACAUUAGACACUUGUUAUUGUUUUUUCUCGUGAAGUCGGAACUCCCCGCGUUAGUGUUUCGUCACGAUAUUGAACGACAUCUGACGUCUUUGACCAAAAGUCUUCAUUAAACAUCAGUGCAAUUUGGAGACGAGUUGAAAUUUUACACUGUAUAUGAGGUCCAUCAUGAAUGUAGUUACAUGCACUGAAGUAAUUUUUUUUUGAAGUGAUUUUGAAGUAGGGGGAAAAAAUAAAAACCCUGUCGCCUGACUUUAAAGCAUCGUGCCUUUUUGCCAGAAUGGCUAGAGCCGAACCGUUUGAUUGGCUGCUUUCUGUAAGUCGGAGGAAUAUUUAUUUCAUUCAUGGUGGAUAUCCAGGAUGUGACGUAGGUGUGUAAGUCUGUGUGUGAGGUGUGAAGUGUGAACUUUCCCCCGACUAUCUCCUCUUUUUCAGAAGAACAUUGAAAGCAGUAACUGAAAUACCUCGUGUUUAUCUUUUUUUUUUUUUUUUUCUUCUUCCUUUUGAAAAAGCAUCAAGAUGAUAUAUCAAGGCAUCUUCGAGGGGGUGAAAACUUUCAUGUCCUUACAAACACGUCACUAACACAUCUUUCAGUCUUCACUUACACACAGUGACCAGAUAGAUUUUUACAAAAUUAAAGUUCGUCUUUUAGUUUGGUGACCAAAUCAGAGCUGUAACUUAUGUGUAUAUGGUGAAAGAAAAAGUCUGCGUUCUGUUACUUGAUUAUUAUUUUUUUUUUCCUGUGAUGUCUUGGGGCUUUUUUCUGUACAUAUUGAGGGCUUUUAAGAUGCAUCUAUCCUUUUCACCUUUUGCUUUUCUUUUCUUUUUAAACAUAUUGACCCUUUUCUAAUCUAAAAUCCUACGCAGUAAUCAGUCUAAUUUAAUAACUUCCCUGUUUGAUUGUUUAUUCAGAAGAAAAUGUAUUAUCUGCUGCCUGUAUAUUGUAUAUAAAUGUAAAAGAUGACGGGAAAAAAAAAAUCAAAAAUCAAAUAAACUCCAAUUUGAAGACCUGUGGAGAUUAGUUAGGGGGCUGUACUUGUAUACAAGUGUAAAGAAUCAAAGUGCAUUUCUUUUCCUUUUGAUUUUUUUCUUUUUGUUUUGCUAAUCACGUAGAUAGCGGUCAGAAUGCCGGGGGUUUGAUGCACUACUGAAAUGAGGUUUGCAAUAUGAUGAAGGGCCAGAUGAUGAUGAUGAUGAUGAUGAUGAUGAGGAUGAGGAUGAUGCAUGCGCCGCAUCGCCACAAUAACCCUCCUCACGCUUAGCUUUGUAUUAACGAAUCACCUUCAGGUCACUGUUGGCAUUGUCAUUACUUUUAUAUGACUAGGAAACUUUUUUAGGAAGUUUCACUCUAAAUACGUCCAGAUAUUUUUUUUUUUCCUCCAUAAAUUAACCUCAGCGAAAGAUGCACACUGAUUUUGUCAUGUUAGAGAGAAAUUAUUAUUAUUAUUACUCAUUUCUGGUUGUUCUGUUCAUAUUCUGAGACACAGGUCUUCGAGUACUGGACUGAUCGAAGCUGUUACUCUGUCUUAAAUAUUUCUCUCCAUCCAUUUACUCGUUGAGGUGAAUGACAAAGGGGACUGGAGAGGGGAAAAAAAAGACGAGGAGGAAUAAAAUCAGGCCCUAUGCUGCUUUUUAGGCUUGUUCUAUUCACUCAGCUCAAGUGUGUGUGUGUGUGUGUGUGUGUGUGUGUGUGUGUGUGUGUGUGUGUGUGUGUGUGUGUGUGUGUGGAGACGGAGAGGAGCGUCCGAGACGGAGCGAGUUGCCUUCCUGCACCUUUUCCCACCCCCCCCUCUGUUAAACGUCUUUUUUUUUUUUUUUUUUUUUUUUUUGGACUGCAAAGUUUUUUCGACUGCAUGUGAAAACCCUGAUUGUAAAUAUUUGUCAUUUUUACUCUUUCUGUAAAAAAAAAAAAAGAAAAGAAAAGAAGAACUUCCUGUCGAUGCAAGAGAAGAUGCGAUUGUUUAAAAUUCUCCCCACAUCCAUCAUGUGUACAUUCUUUGGAGAAAUGUGUAAAAAUAAUUAACACACCACACGCAUUGUUUAACCCCGUUGAAAGCGUCAUAUAUCACACACACGGAUGAUUCUCUCCUCCAUCCGAAUCCUCUGUUCGUUUAAAUAAAUAAAUAAAUAAAUAAAUAAAUAAAUAAGAAAUAAAGCUCGUUGUUUUUGGACUUUUAUCUCUACGGGGCUCCUUUUUUCGCUCGCUGUCCAAGCUCAUCGUCUGAGUGUGUGGAGGAGAAGGGUGAUGAUGAUGAUGAUGAUGAUGAAGAUGAUGAUGGGAGGGCUGGGUGUACUUCAUACGUCUUGACUUUCCACUUUAUUUUAUUUGUUUCCCCUCAUCGAUAAGUUUGACAUGCUGAACUGAAUCAGUGUCCCGUGUCUUCAAGGAGUGAGUGAGUGAGCGAGUGAGUGAAUGAGUGA